AUGAAACAGCUGAACAUGGUGACCCUCAACCAACUACCUUUCCCAGCCAACCACUUGGCACCUGGUGAGCUCCGAUGUGAAAACGCCAGUCACGUCGACGUGGCCACGGCAGCUCUGGAUGUGUCAGCGCGAGCGCUGGAGGAUCUCAUCAUUGAGGCCGUGUAUCAAAACCUGGUGGUGGGCAAAAUGGAUCAGGAGAACGAGUGUCUCGUCAUUGAGUCUUCCGCCUGCCGAGAUUGCCGGGCCGAGGACCUGGACUUCAUCAUCGAGACACUGAGUGCAUGGCAAUCCACUGCACAAGAGAUGGUCCAAGCGUUGGACGCGGCUGUUUUGUAUGCGUCCAACAGCUAUGAGAAGCAGAGAGUCGCGCAAGAAGAGCUGGAGAAGGAGGUGAAAUCCAUCCGCGAAACCUUGAAGGAGGGCGAUUCCACCAAAGCAGGUGGUGGAGGAUGCACGAGGAUGCAAACUGAUGAUGCCGACGAGGAGUCAAAGCGUGCAAAGAGCACUCGAGGGCGAUGGGUAGGCGCACCUCAAAAUCGAUGA